AUUGACCCGGCGAAAUUUCCACGUCUGUUUUUCUAAAGAGAAUACCACUUUUUACUCCAUUUGCUUGCUAUGCAAGUUGUUAUAGUAUGUGGUAGAUAUUUUUCCUUUGUAGUGGUAUUUUUCGCACUGGUCACCUUCCAGCCCGGCAUUUCUUUAUGAUUUACUGUGUUGCACUUUACAUGUGGAAAGCUUCAUGGAAAUUUCUUUGAACAUGUCAAAAAAGUUCUUGGUACACAUCCUCCUAGUUGUAAACAUUUUAGUGUGUAUCGGACUUAGAUCAGCUGCAAGAGAAAAGAAGGCGAAAUGUCCAACGUGUAGUGACAUAGUGGAAGCUUUUAAGAAGGUAAACAGUUUUGCUUUGUUAUCUGUGUCAAAAUCACGUAAAGUAGAAAAUGAGUUACCGUUUAACUGACGGAUUAGUGAUUUCUAUGUAAGGUUUUAAAAUCUACUUUGUCUUAUCAUCAUAUUUAUAUGUCAUCUGCAAAGUGGAGUCCAAAGUGACAGAUUUGUUACAUACCGGUAAUUUAAUGUUACUUACAAAUAGUACAGCAAUCAUACUAAUGAAUCUAUUAAAAUAUGAAUUUGACCCCCCCAAAAACAAUUUUUGGCAACUUGGUAAAUAUUUUUUUUGAUGAUGUUUUUCAUAAAUGGAGCGGGUAAAAAUAGAUGGCCGGAGAGGUACAUGGAGGGAGAACGGUGGGAGGUGGAAGUUCUGAAGGAGAAUUGGGGAGAAAAUAUAUAGUAGUGCUCAGUAGUUUGCAAUUGAAAAGGGCUUAAUGCAUCAGUCAAUUCCACCUGCUCCCAGCCCCCCUCCCCUUCCCCGGGCUACUGCAGGGCAUUUGCCCGCCUUGUCAGUCCCAGGGGUGGGGCAUUUGCAAAUUUUGCACUGCCCAGGGGCCGGGCAUUUGCCAACCCCCAGGCCAUUCCUGAGCUUUUGACACGCACGCGGUUUCCUAUCAGAAUAUAACUGCACAGAAGGUUUUAUUGGAAAAAAAAAGUAGAUUGGCUCAUCUGUCAAGGACAGGAAUAAAUUUUAGAGGGUUAUAGCGGCAAGCUCUCCAUUUUACAUGUAUGUAUGCAUUUCUUCAUUGCUUAUCAAACCAGAAUUACGUAGCAAAAUUGGAGCUAUCGAUGUGAAUCAACUUUACAGCGCUCUGUUAAUUUUAAUAUCAAUAAUUUUAUAUCAAAAUACUAAAACCAUAAACUGGUGCAUGUCCUCACGGCGUGAAGUCUUAAUUAGAAUCCUCGCGCUAUUACAAAGGAAGACGUUAAUUGAAACAAAAAAUCGCGCAUUAGAAUGCUUAAAAUGCUUAAAAUGGCACUAUUUGACUGUGCGAUCAAUGAAAAAUGUUGCAGUGUUGACAGAGGAUGGGGAAUUUGCCCUCUUCUUUCGUCCUCACCCCAGGGGAUUUGACAGCUCAAGAGUCCCCAACCCCGGGGAUUUGCCAUCCAAGGCAAAAAAAAAGCUAAUGCCCGGGGGUCAGCCCGGGGCAGGGCUGGGUGCCGGUAGAAUUGACUGAUGCAUAAGUUAGGAAGCCAAGAAAAAAAGGAUGGGAGCUAGAAAUGCACGGUAUGGGCGGUUGAAGGUUAAGACCCCCUACAGCCCCCCCCCCAAUCUGAAGAAGAAGGUCUAGUGUGAUAAAAGUGUAUGUUUUCUAGAGAUUGGAGGUUUCUAUUUUGUUUUCUCUAAGACAUCUCAGAAGCUUUAGAAAGUGAACUGUCUUGCCAACAUAGUUUUUGUGGUCAUACAGCUUUAGUAUUUUUUCUCUACAAAAUAAUGUUUGAAGGUCCAUAAAAAACUGAACAAAUCUAGAAGCUUGGUAACUGUAUUUGCAAUACUACUGUGGCUGCCCUUGUUGACAAUUUUCUUUGUGUCUUGUUUAAGGGUAAAGAUAAAACAGAAAAAUCGAACUUUGGUGGUGGUAACACAGCAUGGGAAGAAAGAGCACUUGGAAGUUGGGCACAAAGGUGAGGUGGUUUCUUAGAGAUCUCCCCCCUGGGGGGGGUAGGGGGUAGGGGGGACUCCUAUUACAUUAGAUAAAAGUAUGUGAUAUAGAGAUAACUGAAAACGACAGUUAAUCCACUUUUGUCCUAUUUACUAUGUUAGGUUUGUUUUUUAUUAUUAUUUUAUUGGGUUGUAAUGCCUUAAUGGAAAUACCGUCUCUGUAUAUGGGAAUGCUAAUAAAGUUGUCGUUGUUGUUGACUGCCAUAUAAAAGUGACAGGAUUGUUGUUGGAAAAUUAGAAUGGAGUCCUUGAAGGAGACCAACCUGGGUGUGGCUCAGGCUCUGUUGACUCCUAAAGGAGACCAUACUCAAACAAAUGUCAUAACAGUAUUUGCCUCUUCAUAAUAUAUAGAUUUAGCCAGGGUGUUAAUAUACUUAUAGUUUACUCAUCAAAAAUGGUGUAAUGCUAAAUGGCAAUGGCAACACAAAUGGCAAAAAAUAAUCAGUUGGUCUAAAGGUGCAGUAAAACAGGCAACAAAAAACUUGCAACUUGUUUUGCAACAUUGCUGCAAAAUGAGUUGAAUAGCGUGGCAAUGUUGAGAGUUUUACCACCCAUGAAAAGAAAAGCCUUCCAGCGAUAUUUGUUGGAAGAGAAGUUCAAAAGGUGGUGGUAAAAUGCACAACAUCACUAUUCAACCCACUCGUUUUUUAGCGAUGUUUGAACUAAACAAGUUGAAUGUCUUUUGUUGCCCGUUUUACUGUUGCUUAAUUAGCAAAAAACAAACUUGGCAUGUGCAGUACACUUUUUUGAACAUUUCUUUGCCGUUGUUUAGCAUGACCACAAGGUGAAACUUCCCAGUUAGAUGUUUUAUGAAGGAAUUGCCAUUAUGUGUUCCUUUUUGCCUUUUUUUCACUGCUAACUCAUUUUCACCUUGGAGGCCACAGGCAUUUCUCAUUUUCUCACUGCUGCUACAAAAACUUUCACUUUUUUCUUGCAAUGAAAUUUGUUUCCUUUGUUUUUUACCUCUCUCUGUUAUCCGCGUCAGAGUAGACAUUAAAAUUUAGCCACACAAAAAAAAGACUCAACUUCGACAGCUGUCAAUUAUUCAUCUUCAUGUAAGUGUUUAUGAGCUCCUGCCAUACCUUUAGUGUAGUGCUGGUAGUAAAUGUGAGAUUUGACAUUGGCUUACAUUUCCAGGGUGAAUGGACAUUUAGACGGUCACAUGAUUACCAAAAUUUUUCACAUCCAUUGCUUUCCAUUUUUUCUUACCCAUGGUUCUCUGCUGUGCACACUUCAUGCGCGCAAGAGCUCCACUAUGAAUGUAUCUCUGCACACAACCCUUAGUGAUACCUUAAUGGCUACAAAAUUGGCAUCCUUCCUGAAUGCCUCAAGUAAAUAAAUGAUAAUAAUUAACAGUGUGACUAUCAAUAAAUACGUAAAAUAAUUAUUAUUUUAAGUAUUUAUUGAUAGUCACACUGUCGUUUCAUCACUGUCUGGAGAUGAAUAAGCUUGUCUUUCCUGAAUGGCAAAAUUACUGAAUGCUACUUUCAUGCAUUUCCUGUGCCUGUAUGUUACAUGUAAGUCUAUUAAAAGGCUCAAACCCCACAUCUGUGUCUCAAUAUAAAUAUGCAAUGAAAGAUACUAAGUCACACCUUUAGUUAAUGUUCAUUUAUUCUUUAGUUAAGCUGUGUAAAAAAUGUUCCCUAGCCCCUCCCUUUGGAGUUUGAUCUGCAAUUCAUUAACUCGGGGAUGCCAAUCAGUGUUAACUAUAUGCUUUGGUUAAGUAUGCUAAGCAACUUGUCCAAGCUCAGUUAUCUUGUUUAUUUCACUAAAUUUUCCCCAAUAACAACCUCCCAAGUUCCGACCCAGUAGUGUAGCAAGGUAUGUGAGUGACAUGUGGUCAUUCAGUCCAUAAUAGGUUUUUGGGUUGGUGCCCUUUAGCCAGGGGCACCCAAUGACUGAAUGUUUCCAAAUACCCCAAAAGUGUCUCAGAUGUAUUUUUUCUGUGCUUUAGAAACCUGUUUGGUGAAUUUGGAGUUGCGCUAAAAACUAUCAGUCUGUUCGGAUGUCUGAGGGGAACUUUGGUCGUUAUGAAAGUUUUAGGUCGCUUUUUCGUCUCAUCCGAAAGUGUUAGCUGCCCUUAUGGGUGCGGUCAAAAGUUCAAGGACAUGAAGUAGCCUUGCAUGCUUUCAUUAGAAAAUAAUAGGGGACGUUUUGUCUUCAUGCCGAAAGUUUUAGGAGACCUUUUUUUUUUACAAUAAACGCAAUAUCUUGAUAUUAAAAUGUGAAUAACACAACCUCCGAAAAUUGUAGGUAAGCUAUUAGAAAACCUCCAAACAUUUUAGACGAAUGGAAUGGUUAUCCAGAAAUUUUUAGCUUUUCUCAAGCUUUAGAAAUUUUUAGGCAAUAUUUGCUCCUUCGAACAGUUACUUUACAGAAAAAAGUCGCUAGGUGCCCCUGUUUGGCUUGUAUAAUACUCUUAACAGAACAAUAAUCCAGUGAUCUAAUUGUUUCUCAAAUAAAUAAUUACUUUGGUCAUAAGCAGUUAAUUAAUUUACUGUUCAAUCAAAUGUUUAAUGAGUCUAAUGAGUAAAUAAAUCAAUUUUGCAAUUUACAUUGUCUUAUUUCCUGAUUUUCAGUGAAACCAGAUUAGUUGAAAUUAUGGAAGGACUUUGUGAUGAUAGUGCUUCAGAGGUAGGAAGAUACUAAAUUUUUUGGUGUCAUUUUGGGUUUGUUGCUAAAAUGCUACCUGUUUAUAGCUGAAACAGUAAAAUGCCUGCAAAGUGUUCACUUAUAUAAAUGUGGAAAUUUUGCAUAUCUUGUAUAUUUGUACUAAAAUAAUGAUAUUAUCAACCCAGCUCAGGAGAAUUAUUUACUUAACACAGAUACAUAAUGUGGUGACGUGUGACCUUGUAUAUCCAAAACCUGAACCGACAAAAUAAAUAAUUAUCUGUAGGUUGGUCCAUUUUUAGAACAAGAUGUCAUUUUAAAAAUAAAAUCCUGGUGAAAUAGGAACCAAAUUUGAGGCCUAAGCAGGCAGCACAUACCCAGGAGACAUUUCGCAGCUCACUCCUUGUUAAGCUUGCUCUGAUCAGGACGUAAUCUACAGAUAAUCUUGAUCUGGAGGCUAGUUUUUAUUGACUAAUCAAUUCCAGUAGUGUGCUAUAUUUCCAUAUGUGUAAAUUAAGUUACAGUACAUUAAUUUGGUUUGAAUUUUCAGUGCCAUGCAAUGGUAGAAGAGCAAGAGGAAACUUUAGAAGAAUGGUGGUUUAAACAGUGAGUGUCCAGUCAUGAUUAAAUGCUGUAUCAUUUGAAUUGAUUGAUUGAAUCUUGACUAAAGCAGUGACAAUGCUGAGCUAAGUCCAUCCUCCCCAGAACAGAGACAAUAUGUUUAUGAAACCCUCAUUGCCAUAUAAAAUGGGAUGUUCAGUUUUGAGUUCAAUGAAUUGAAGUUUUUUGUAUGUUACAGCCCAUCAAACUCAAUUAGGUAGAUUUAUAAAGAAACCUGUAAGAAUGGACUUAUGAACAAUUCCCUUUAACCCUACCCUAGUAUGUAGAUUUUAGUGUCACAUGACUUUGUUCCUGCAUAGUCGCUCGAGGAUUGUAAGUUGUACAAUUCCCUGUAUAUCCAGUUGAAAAUCUGUGUAUUUGAGCCUUGUUUAGCAGUUUAAAGUUGUGUUGAAGCCUGUGCUUCUUCGCUUUUUAAACAGUGUGAAUGACAAUUUGUUUGUAACUUUUGCAUUAUUAAAGACAGUUGCCCCACUUCCUCAUAAGGUGUGAUUUUGAUCAUGAAUUUCGUCCAUGAUCAAAAUUCUGGCUAACAACUUCCUUUUCAAGAGAUAUUUCUUUCAUGAUAUUUUUUCUUACAGCCAGUUUAAAGAUGAAAAUAUUGAUAUGAAGAAAUGGUUUUGCAUUGACACAUUAGAAGGUAAGAGAUCAAUUUCAAGCAUGUAAGUUUUAAACCAUGAAGACAUCAUUGAACAAAAACAAGUCUUUAAAACAAAGAGAAUCAUUUCCUGUUUUUUUUAUUACCACCUUGUCUAACACUGUCUCUUACUGAGUGCCACUCAGUCAUUAAUAUAAUGCUGGCAAGCAUAGCAAUAUCACGACUAUCUCCUGUGUACAUGAAAAUAUGAUAGAAGUUUGUAGUAAAGCUCUGCAGUGCUGUAUCCCACUGAGUAACUGUAGGAAAACUAGAUAAUCAUGCACAGUUACCUUAUCAUCACAGCACCAUUGCAAGAACACCACAUGCAUUGUGUUAAUUCAAUGACACCCUUUCCUUUCAGUUUGUUGUCCUGAAGGCACUUAUGGUCCUGACUGUACAGGUAAGCAAACACCCCUCUACCUUCAUUAGUUUACUGCCCUUGCCUAAUCUUCAUUUGAUAGCCAACAACUAUGUUUGUGGUGAAGAGAAAAGAGGAGAGCAGUGAGCGUAUAGUCCACCUUAUGAAGAAUUUCGUCAAUUCUUUGUUGAGGCAAGCUUAGAGGAAAGGUAGUUGUUUAAAGCCCUUCUUUUCCACUGCUGUUGGUUUUAAAAGUACCUUCAGCAAGUCCAUCAUGUCUAAACUUGGCCUGUUAUACUAUAAAGAUUCUAUAGUGAAAGACUUCACAGUUCUUUUGAUGUUAAGCUUCUGAGGAAUAAGUACCAAGAAAGUUGGUAAAACCAGCCACAGAGUUAUCAUUUUUGUUUGUGUUGCAGAAUGUGCAGGUGGUAAAGAUAGUCCUUGUAAUAGUCAUGGAAAAUGUGAGGUACGUAUCUUAGAUGUCAGAUGAAGGAACUCUUGUAACAAGCAAAGUUCUCCAUCCUUCGAUUUUAUUCCUCGUGACUUGAUAAAUAUACAAUAAUCUUAGGCCAAUUCAUACUUGUUCAUUACAAAGUAAGGGUGUGGCAGGACCCAUUGCACCUACCCAGCCCAAGUGUUAUUCUGUGUUUUGUAUUUACUCUUUGUUACUACUCAGGGUGAUGGUACUAGAGAGGGAUCAGGCAAAUGUUCAUGUGACUCUGGAUAUGAAGGAGAGUUGUGUGAUGAGUGUGCUGACUUGUUCUUUGAAGAGGCAGGUGAAGAUUCUAAACCUAAAUGUACUGGUAAGGCAAUGAAAGUUGGAAUGUAAUUAUGUAAAAUUCUGUGUUAUUUGGUAAAUAAACCUACAAGUGAGCUUAUUCAAGAGCAGAUACAAAUUCCGAGGUUAAAAUAAUUACCAUGAUGAACAUCCACAGAAAAAAAGAGUAGUUUACCUCAUCAGUCCUGUCCUCCACCCCACCCUUUUUGCCCCUCCUUACAUUUACAAUUCUACUUGAUGAUAUUCCUUUCUAGCCAUCAAAGCUGGUGGUUUUGUUUGGUGAGUGUGCAAGUGAGGAGCAAAGCUGUGAAUGCAUUGGUGAACUAAAAUCUGGGCAAGCAGUUUUCCCACCCUGUUUUCCUGCCCUUUCUCUUUACAACUUUAGUAUUCACUCUCAAUCCCCUCUGCUGCCCCCCUUCCCUCCCCAUCACUUAGGCAGGCUAGUUUCUUACUUUAGAUGUACAUGCUUCUGUUUCCCCAGUGAGAGGCUAUUUUUAUUUUGGAAUUAAUGUGCCUCGUUGAAGGGAAGGACAGGUAGAUGUACCUGUUCAUGUUAGUGAUUGUUAACAUGCCAUACUUUGUAUGUGUCAACAGCCUGUCAUGAGUCCUGUGCAGAAAGCUGUAGUGGCAGCUCACCCAAAGACUGUGAGAAAUGCAAAGAAGGUUGGGACAUGACAGAAGAUGAAGGCUGUAAAGGUGUCUAUUACUUUGCAUUGAAUUUGCCAUAAAGCUAUGUUAAGUAAAUUAUCUUGUUUUACAGCGGUUAUUCUUACCAUUACACAUUAGAGUGACAAACCCGAGGCUGACAGUGCACUCAUUUUACCUACCUCUCUCUGUCAGUGCCCCAUUUUGGGGGUAUUUUAAACUUCUUCAAUCUAUAAAUCUAUGUGGAGGCAUGUAUGGCUGAGCAGUUAACACCUCGAACUCUGGAUCUGGAGGUCCAGGGUUCAAGCCUCACCCAUUGCGUUGUUUCCUUAGACCAGAAACUUUACUCCACUCCGUCUCUCUUGACCGAGUUGCAUAAAUGGGUACCAGCGAAAUACUGCUGGGGGUUAUUUAUAACCCGGCGAUGGACUAGUAUCCCGUCCAGAGGAAGUAGCAAUACUCCUACACAUGCUUCAUACUGAAGAAACCACAAUAAGCUGCAGCCGUUUAGGCCUUUGGCUUGUGUUCACCUUUACCUCACCUUUGCCUUUAUCUAUACUGCUUAAAAAACAUGAAAACUCACAAAAUACUUUCAAUUUUUUCAUGUCUGGUCACUACGUAAUUAAGUGCCAUGGGCAAUUACUGAAUAGGAGGCUUCUGUUCUGAUUAUGAAUCAUGUUUGUCUCAGACAAGAAUGAAUGCGAAGAAGAGGACAAGUGUACAGAAGGCAAAUAUUGUAUAAAUAACCCUGGUUCUUAUAGAUGUGAAGGUAGGUACAUGUAAACUUUCCAGAUGUUAUCGUAAUUCUGUGUACCCACAGUACAGUAAUCAUAGGUAAUCCAGGCAUGAGGAGUAAAAGUAAUCACUUUUGUUUUAUUUUCAGAAUGCCAUGAAUCGUGUGAAGGUAACUGUACUGCUGAGGGACCCAAGGGAUGUAUUGAAUGUGCCAAAGGUUAUACCAAGACUGAAGAUGAAGGUUGUAAAGGUAGGUAAAAGUGGGUAUACUGUGAAAAAGGCUGGUGUUCUGUGAAUUUUAAAACUACAAAAAUAUUUUAUUCUCCGCUCCUCCCCCAGCUCCCUUGUUUUAGUUUUUUAGUUCCUUGCGUCUCGUUUAUUCUAAUGUUUUGCUACAUUCGAAACGAAAAUGACUGCUUCAGAUGCUAUUUCAAAGUAUGUGAAAUUUAUGUAGAAGUGGAAAAACUGAUGAUUUCAAACUACUUUCUCCGAAUAGUAAAGAGGAACUCAACAACGAAAAAUUAAAUUGACUAAAUGUCAAGGGAAUGGAUGACAUAGCACAAAAGACUGUUAACUGUGUUCAUCUGCGUCUGCAAUCACACCCGGGGUCUGUUUCUCGAAAGUCCCGGUAACUUUUAUCCUCGGAGACACGGGGUAACUUUUCGGGCCCAGAAAGUUGUUUCGUGUUUGUUGUGUUUGCACUCAAGAUCAAAGUUUCAAUAAUUUUGAACUAAUAACAGUGGUUUUGCAUAACGUUACUAUGCCGGGUACCACACAGAAAACACACAAAAAGUAAUGGGCAAAAUUCUGGUGGCAGGGAAGUGCUUAAAUCUAGGGGUAAGGGAACCAGAACUCCUUCUCGGGGGAGACAAGAUCGAGUGGAACUGGGGGUAGCCACCCUGGACAGGAGUCCUGAUCAGUCUUUGGGGGUGAGGCCCAUAUCGCUCAGUCACCCUCCUGGGUGGAGUACAGAUCAGGUGGGACCAGGGGGGCACACCCUGGAGUGGAUAUUUUUCCUGAACCCGUCUCCAAGGGCUAAGCCUUACUGUGGAUGUGAAUGAAAUGAAGCCCUAAAAGAAAUGACUGGGAAAGGACAGUGUACGGAAAAAAGAAGAAGCACAUGUGCAUGUUGAGCAUGUGAUAAUAUGAAUGGAACCUUUGCGGAGUGUAGAAAAUAGACCAUGCUAAGUUACAGUGGACCUGCCAAAGGUGAAGGAUACAUUAUAAUCGAACAACUAGUUACUGUUCUUUGUUCUUUCUUGUCCUUUGGACUAGUAUCCACAGUUACUUAGUACAAAAGCUUAUUCAAAUGUUGAACAUUGUGUCACAAAAAAAAUAGUACAAAAGUGUGCUUUGAUAGGGCAUAAUUUCAGGUUUAUUAACAUCAGUUUAUGCUACCGUAAACUUUAACCAGUAGUGUUUGCUGUUGAUGUUUUUUAAUGUAAGAAGAAAUAUUGGCACUAAGCUAUUUUUACAGAAAACGAAAGAGAAACCGUAAAACUUAGACUGCGAGUCUUUGAGUCCCAGUAGAUCGCGCGCUAUUUUGCUGGCCGCGCGUGGGUCUGAGGGAAGAAGGACGACCGCUCGCGGUCUACAUAAAACUUAACCUGUUCAUAUGAUAUUUCAGAUGUUGAUGAGUGUUCGGAAAAUUCAACUAUCUGUGAAAACGGAAAGUUCUGUGACAACACGCCUGGAUCGUUCGCUUGUCGAGGUAAAUAGCUAUUAUUUUCUAUUAAUUUUUACUUACUAGGCCUUGACUGCCUGCAAUGGUAAAUAGAAAAACAACAAGUAAGCACUUCUAUAGAGAGGAGAACUGUGACGUCACGAAAAUUCAGAUUUGUGAAAUUAUGGGAUUGGUUAUAUUAGCAUAUUCAGAAAAAGGAAGAUUUAAAAAGGCCCCUCGCCAAAAAUCAGCCUGUUAGUGCAAAUUGGUGAGGAGAUAUGAGCACCGGUUUGCUCUGAUGACUCCACACAAAUCCUUCUAAAAUUGGCUCAGAUCGUAACGUUAACGAUGGAGACAUCGGACCAUAACGUUGCGUAUAUCUCCUCACCAAUUUGCACCAACAGGCUUAUUUUUGGCAAGGGGGCUUUUUUUAAUCUUGUUCUUUCUGGAUAUGUCAACCAAUCCCUUGUUAAAUUUAGUGUCUAUUGUAUUUUGUCGGCAUCCCUUCUUUCUCGGAAAGAGGCGACCCAAUACAGACAGUCUUGUCUGGUGGGGGCAAUGACUUUUCUGGGAACUGGGAAUUAAUCCGCGGCGGGGGUUAGCUUGUAAGUUCGGUUGAGUGGUAGAGCAAUAACAUCAGAGAAAGUUUAGUGAUAGUAUUUUCCUUUCUUUGCAGUUUGUCAUUCUGCCUGUGAAACUUGCAUUGGAGAGGGUGCAAGCGGAUGCACAAAAUGCAGCUCGGGAUUCAAAAUGGCCGAUAAUGAAUGCAAAGGUAGUGUGUAUUAUUUCGGACGUUAAGAGUGUCUGGGCUUUUAACAACCUCGAGUCAUCUGCUAGCUGUUUUUUCCCUAGUCCGCAACAGGAGGGAUUACUUACGUCACAGACCAUAUGGUCACGUGGUACGUCAGUACUUUGCUAGUCUCGUAUCCAGAUCCCUUGUUGGCGAAUCCGACAAGAGAUCUGGUUACGAGAUAAGAACCUUGCUUUAGCUCCCAAUGACCUGUCAACACAAACAGUAACCAGUCGGUGUGUUAGGAGAAGUGAACUCUUGCCAGAGUGUGAAGAAAAUUUACACUCGAGGUUGUGACUUCCGCAUGUCGUGAAAAUUACCUCACAUCAGCCAACUGUAAGAUUUUCUUUAAUAAACUAUAACCUACCCUUGGACUUAGACAGUCUGCUAUGUUGAUUGGUUUAUGAGACACCGGUCUAAGAUAAUUGAAGAUAACGGUUUUAGUGAUCAUUGAAAUGAUGUGACAGAGCGGGUUUCAUGUUUCUGUUCCCUUUCUUUCAGUUUUAGAUUUAUUUUCAGUUAAUUAUUUAUUGUUCACAGAUGUGGACGAAUGUUCCACAGAAGAACACGAUUGCCACCAAGACUCACAGAAGUGUCGAAACAUGCCUGGUAGCUUUACCUGCGAUUGCAAGAAGGGCUUCAAACGCGAUGGAGACAAGUGCGUAAAGAACGGAAAGAAAGGUAAAAAGAAGACAAAAAAAACAAAGACAGAGGAGCAACAAAUAGAAGAGGAUCUUGCCAAAGGCAACUACUACACUGAACUUCACAUGAAACUUGGCUCUAUCUUAUAUGCCGUGUUUUUUGCUUGUGUGGUUACCGCUGUCAUGAAGCGUAGCUGGACCGCUAUUGUGGUACUUACACUUGUGUACGCUUGCAUAUUGUGGUCCUUGAGGAGUUAGUAGACAAAGAGGCCCUACCCCUUUUCUUUGACGUCAAGUGUGUUAACGGCUCUAACUUUUCGUUGAAAGGACGAAAUCCGUAGUGGUUGCUUAUUGCGCUUGUAAAGCGUGGAAUGUAACUUGUAAUAUCACUCUGAAAAAAUCUUUUAAGCUAUGACGGAAAUAAUACCUCUAAAUGGACAUGACAAAGUUCUUCCUCUAUGAUGCUGUUUGAUGCUUUACAAGGUAGCUAAUGUGUUGCUAUUCGUGGAAAAGCUGUUUGGGUGAGCGGCGUCACUUCGUUUACCGUGGCUGAAAUGUUACAGGGGCGUAACACCACCCAACGCUAGCCUGUGAACUAUUCAUAAAAAAUCACAUCAGUGAAUAUUGAUAACAACAGAAAGCUUCGAAACAAAAUCAUCUCUUAGGACAAAAAAGGCGAUAGAUGAUAGAGCUUUUGCCAGUCAACUGGCUGGGAAUAUAUAUGAUUUGGGAUAAAAACCGUUUAGUUUUGAGCCGGCACAGUAUGCCGGUUUGUAAACGAAUAGAUUCCAUGUUGCCGUGGGUCUGUUCAGUAAUAGAUCACAGAGGAGGUCAAAAUUUGUUAAAAGCAUCAGGGACACACUCACCUGCGGCUCGUGGUUUGCUACAUUUUAACGUCUUCUGUGAUCUAUUACUGAACAGACGCACGGCAACACGGAAUCUAUUUGUUAAAUAAUCUCUUAUGUUGUGCUGUUCCGUUGGUCAUUCAGGACAGAAGAGUUUUUCGGCUCGUGUAUUAUUUGAGGAAUGCAGGUGAUGCUUGGACAGUGGACUGAUUUUUCCAUAAUCUUGGGUUUAUUUUGAUCGUUAGAUUUCCGGUUAAAAGCUCAGUGUGCCUGUUCGACUGAGGUUUCACAAAAGAUAAUAUACUAAAUCAAGCCUCUUGAAAAGUAAAUGCUCCACUGGCUGUAAAA